CUCUAGUAGCUCUCACAUUUAAAAUGCGUGGGCCCCACUAACCUCGCUUAAAACCGAAGCAAACCAACCAGAAAAAACCCCGCAAAAAAAACGCGAGAGAGCCAAAAAAAAAAAGAAAAAAGAAAAAAGAAAAGCGGAAGAGAAGAAGAGUCGAGAAGCUUCUGGGGGAGAGAGAAAUGGGGAAGGGCAAGGUGCACCCCUCGCCGUCGCCGGCGGCGGGGGCGGGUGAGGAGACGGCGGAGGCAGUGCUGAUGAGGUUGCUGCCCGCGGCGGUGGUGGCGAUGGCGGCGGGGCUCGGGGCGGAGGGGAAGGAGGUGCUCGCGUACCUGGUGCUCGCGUCGAUGCGGUCGUCGUCGGCGGCGAGGUGGGGGCAGGCGGAGGUGGGGAAGGGUGGAGGAGGAGGAGGGAGUGGGAGGGUGGGACACCACGCGCCGGAGCUCGGGUGCGGCUGCUUCGGGUGCUACACGGCGUACUGGUCGCGGUGGGACGGGUCCCCCGAGCGCGACCGCGACGCGAUCCACCGUGCCAUCGAGGCGUUCGAGGACCACCUCUCCCGCAAGGAGGAGGAGGAGGUCGUCGGCGGCGGCAAGGGCGCCUCCUCCCGCCGCCGCAAGAAGCGCAGCGGCAAGGACAAGGCCAAGGCCAAGGUGCCGCCCGCCGCCUCCGCCGGUCAGCCACCUCCGCCACCGCCCAACCAGGAGGAGACCUCCGCCGCCGCCGCCGCCGCCUCACCACCAAAAUCGAUUCUCGACGGGGAGGAGGAGGAAGAGGAAGAAAUGAAGAACACCGCCGCCGCUGCCGUCGCCGGCGCCGGCGACGGCGGCGUGGUGGAGGAGGAGAGGAGGCGGCGGGGAUGGGGAGUGCUGAGCUGGAAGGUGUGGAACCUGUGGGGGUCCCACUAGUCAGUGAGACAACCAAUGGCUCCUCUUUUUUCAUCAUCAGUUAGGUCAUUCUGCUUUUUUAGUUGGUGAGGUUUACAUAUGCAUUUUUACUCUCUCUCUCUCUCUCUCUGUAGUAGGGGUUUUAGGUUGAUUAGGAGAUGCUCAACACAUAUGCUUAGUCAGCCCAGUUAGCAUAAUGAUCAUAAAAAAACAAUAAUGUUAAUGUUUGUAUGCCCAUCACUCCAUGACUCCAUGUGAUGAUCAUGCGUUUGGUUUUGUUCCAUGUAAAUAUAUGUCAGUCUAGUGUAAAUAUGUGUGGCAUGUGGAAACAAUGUGAAUAUUUAGUACAACUCUUUAAGUCUUAA